AUGGUUCGAAAAUUAAACAUUAAUUACACAAAGUUCGAAGACAGACAUUAUUGGAUAUUACAACCAAAGACAGGUGCUACUGAUAAAGUAGUAUUUUACGUUCAUGGAUGUGCUUACGUUCAAAAUAUGAUUAGCUUCCAGUGGUUUAUGGUUGGAGCUAUUAUUAGUCGUACAAAUGCAACAUUUAUCAUUCCAGAUUACGAUCUUGCACCAAGGUGGACAUAUACGAAGCUGUUUUCAUUCAUCAAAAACUUAUAUUUACAUGUUUUGGAGAAAAACGCACCAGAGAAAGUAUAUCUUCUAGGAGAUUCAGCAGGAUGA